GGCGCGGAGGCUGAGGCGCGGAGACAUGGAGCGGGGUUCAGAGUCGGCGGCCGUGAGGCGGCACCGCGUCGGAGGGGAGCGCCGGGACGGCUCGGCGGCCGCAUCCCAACAGAAGGAGGCCCCGGAGCAGGCGUCUCAGGUGGACGCCGUCGGCGGCGGCGCCAGGACGCGGAAGCGCGGCUCUGAGGAGAGCGGCGGCGCGAGCCGCGGCGCGGGGACUGGACUGUCGGAGGCGCGCGCCGCGCUGGGGCUGGCGCUCUACCUGCUCGCGCUGCGGGCGCUCGUGCAGCUCUCGCUGCAGCAGCUCGUGCUGCGCGGGACCCCUGGGGGCCACGGGGAGUUUGAUGCGCGGCAAGCCAGGGAUUAUCUUGAACACAUUACAUCCAUUGGCCCUCGGACUACAGGAAGUCCAGAAAAUGAAAUUCUGACCGUGCAGUAUAUUUUGGAACAGAUCAAACUGAUUGAAGUUCAAAGCAGCAGCCUUCACAAGAUUUCAGUAGAUGUACAACGACCCACCGGAUCCUUCAGCAUUGACUUCUUAGGAGGUUUUACAAGCUACUAUGACAACAUCACCAAUGUUGUGGUAAAACUGGAACCCAGAGUUGGAGCCCAGCAUGCUGUCCUGGCUAAUUGUCAUUUUGACUCAGUUGCAAACUCACCAGGUGCCAGCGAUGAUGCAGUUAGCUGUUCAGUGAUGCUGGAAGUCCUUCGCGUCUUGUCAACAUCUUCAGAAGCCUUAGAGCAUGCUGUCAUAUUUCUCUUUAAUGGUGCUGAGGAAAAUGUCUUGCAAGCCAGUCAUGGUUUCAUUACUCAGCACCCCUGGGCCAGCUUGAUUCGUGCAUUUAUUAACCUUGAGGCAGCAGGGGUAGGAGGAAAAGAACUUGUGUUCCAAACAGGUCCUGAAAAUCCUUGGUUGGUCCAAGCUUAUGUUUCAGCAGCUAAACACCCUUUUGCUUCUGUGGUGGCUCAGGAGGUUUUUCAGAGUGGAAUCAUUCCUUCAGAUACUGACUUUCGUAUCUACAGGGAUUUUGGAAAUAUUCCAGGAAUAGACUUAGCUUUUAUUGAGAACGGAUACAUUUAUCACACCAAGUAUGACACAGCGGACAGGAUUCUAACAGAUUCCAUUCAGAGAGCAGGUGACAACAUUUUAGCAGUUCUUAAAUAUCUAGCUACAUCUGAUAUGUUGGCUUCUUCUUCUAAGUAUCAACAUGGAAACAUGGUCUUCUUUGAUGUGCUUGGCCUAUUUGUGAUUGCCUACCCAUCUCGAGUUGGCUUAAUAAUUAAUUCCAUGGUGGUUAUGGCUGUUGUUUGGUACCUGGGCAGAAAGUUGUUGCAGCCCAAACAUAAGACUGCUAACUACACAAAGGACUUCUUCUGUGGACUUGGCAUCACUCUGAUAAGUUGGUUCACUAGCCUGGUUACCGUUCUCAUUAUAGCAGUGUUCAUCUCUCUUAUUGGACAGUCACUGUCAUGGUACAACCACUUCUAUGUCUCUGUUUGUCUCUAUGGAACUGCAGCUGUAGCCAAAAUAAUAUUUAUACAUACCCUUGCAAAGAGAUUUUAUUAUGUGAAUGCCAGUGACCGGUAUCUGGGAGAAGUAUUUUUUGACAUCUCGCUAUUUGUUCAUUGUGGUUUCCUUGUAACUCUCACUUAUCGAGGACUUUGCUCAGCAUUUAUUAGUGCUGUCUGGGUGGCAUUUCCAUUGCUUACAAAGCUCUGUGUGCACAAGGAGUUUAAGCAUCAUGGUGCCCAAGGAAAAUUUAUUGCUUUUUACCUUUUGGGGAUGUUUGUUCCAUAUCUUUAUGCCUUGUACCUUAUCUGGGCAGUAUUUGAGAUGUUUACCCCUAUCCUUGGUAGAAGUGGUUCAGAAAUUCCACCUGAUGUUGUGCUGGCUUCCAUUCUGGCUGGCUGUACGAUGAUUCUCUCUUCCUAUUUUAUGAACUUCAUCUAUCUUGCCAAAAGCACAAAAAGAACCAUGCUAACUUUAACUGUGGUAUGUUCAGUUACAUUCCUCCUUGUUUGCAGUGGAAGUUUUUUCCCAUACAGCUCCAGUCCUGCAAGUCCGAAGCCAAAGAGAGUGUUUCUUCAGCAUAUGACCAGAACAUUUCAUAAUUUGGAUGGAAACAUAGUUAAACAGGACUCUGGAAUAUGGAUCAAUGGGUUUGAUUAUACUGGAAUGUCUCACAUAACCCCUCACAUUCCUGAGAUCAAUGAUUCCAUCCGAGCUCAUUGUGAGGAGAAUGCACCUCUUUGUGGCUUCCCUUGGUAUCUUCCAGUGCACUUUCUGAUCAGGAAAAACUGGUAUCUUCCUGCCCUGGAAGUUUCUCCAAGAGUUCCUAGUCAUUUCAGACUUGUAUCCAAAGAACAGACACCCUGGGAUUCUAUUAAGUUGACCUUUGAAGCAAUUGGCCCAAGCCAUAUGUCAUUUUAUAUUCGAACUCACAACGGGUCAACACUUUCUCAGUGGUCUCUUGGCAGUGGCACCCCAGUCACAAGUAAAGGAGGGGAUUACUUUGUAUUUUACUCCCAUGGACUCCAGGCUUCUGCAUGGCAGUUUUGGAUAGAAGUACAGGUCUUGGAAGAACAGCCUGAAGGAAUGAUCACUGUGGCCAUUGCUGCCCACUAUUUUUCUGGGGAAGACAAGAGAUCCUCCCAGCUGGAUGCUCUGAAAGAGAAGUUUCCAGAUUGGACAUUUCCUUCUGCCUGGGUGUGCACCUACAACCUCUAUGUGUUUUAAUCUUGCGGAUGAGCUCUAAGUACAUGUCCAGUGGGAUACUCCAUGUGACAUAAUUUGUCCCUGUGUUACACAGAUGAAACGUAAGUCAAUGAAUCUUAAUGAGUAUAUGUUCAAAGAGAUUUGUGAGUUGACACCCUUCCAAAGGCAGAGUGCUCUAAUGGUUCCACUGUGGGGUAGGGAUGCACAGCCUAUUCAACACUUGAAAAUGCUAGUUUUCUAGCAUGUAGUAAGCACAUGUGGGUAUUGCCACUACACACACAUUUUAUAUGAACAGAAGCCAACAAACCACUUCCGUAGUUGUCCCCUUAGGCUGGUGAAUGAUGUAUGAGGUACUGUAAGACCAUUAUUAAUGAGACAAAUGUCAUAUCCAUUUAAAGCAUGAGACCACUUGUGUCAGUGGAUGAUAGGUAAAUAUCAUUCACCUCGUGGUAACGAUUCCCCUCUUGAGGCCUCAUUCUAGGUCUUUGGAAAGCUACUGCAGGGAGGACUGGGGAAGAACCAUUGGACUUUUGUGUCCCCAGGCUGUGCUUAAGAGCUCUGCUUCUUCAGGCAGCCUGCUUUCCACCUCUGCACUGAACCCCAGGACUCCUGAUGUGGAUCCCUGUGCUGAGUUGAUGCCUUGUCAUUCUGACAAGUCACCAAGAUUCAACCUUGUGGUUUUCUGUUUUCCUCCGAAACACAUCUGAUCCCUUUCUCUACCUUACCGCUUGGAGAGGAGGAUCAUUUGCCCAGCUACUCUUCCCUCUGGGUUUUCACAGGCCCUUCUGGUUCAGAAUACUGUUUGUGCAAGUACAUGACCCUAACUUCCUCAGAGUGCUGAGUUGCCAUGGUGGCUAUUCUGAGGCGGGAGGAGAGUUGGGAGUGAUAGAGCAUUUUAUGAAGAUCCAUUCCCUGUUUCGUAGGAGUCUUCUGAUAGACAAGGUUAAUCAUUUAGACCUUGCUUUUAAUGCACUGUGUCCGUGUUUUUGUCUGUUUUCCUGCUCUUUCAACAGUUUCGGUAACUUACUGUCCAGCAUACUUGGCUUUCCCGAGACUUGAGGUUGUGGUUUGUACUGGAAUGAGGUCCCUGUACAUACAGUUUUAGUGUUUAGAUUUCUGCAUAAUGGCAGUCAUGCAGCAUAUCAUAACAGUGCCACUCAUGAAUUCUUGGCUCAAAUAGUGGAAAGGUUUGGUGAGAUCAGUGAUUAAGUUACUCGAGAUACAUAAAAAGUUGAACAAAUGUUGAGUUUAGCAAGUAGAGACUCCACUUGAAGCUCUUUGUGCAAAGUGUUCACGAUAUUUUCUGAAUUAUGCUCCUCACAAUCUCUGCCUAAUUUGUGACUCCUGAAAAACUGGACCCACAGAGCAGGGCUGCAGCCCGAGAGCUGAACAAUGACGUGGCCUGCAUACUGGAGCCACUUUUCCCAGGUAUUGUAGAAACCAUAUAUUAAGUUUGAAAUAUUUUAAAUGUGUGGCUCCUGCCGCACUUAAGGUUUGCAAUGUUCAUAGCUUGUAUAGAAUCACAGUUGUGGAGAACUUAGAAAUAGUAAUCUCAGUGAAUUUCCAAAUAUAGGCAGAUUUGUGCUCAUUGUGUUUAUUCUGAAAUAGAUCAUUAGAAAUUGUUGGAGGGGAAAAAAAAAAAUCCAAACCCCAAGUGUUGAAGAAAACAAAUUAUUUUCUGUUACCUUUUUUCCCCUUUGGGGAGGAUGUUGAAUAUUCCUUUCUAGUAGUAAUCAUGGUUUUGUUUAGCAUUAUAAAGCUUUGAUAUUGUGCAAGGUCAGAAACAAGAGGUUCACUAGUUGCAGGGCAAUAAAACUCUGGGAGGUGGUUUUAAUGGCAGAAAUAAUUGCACCUAAUAUUUAUGGCUCCGUUAAUAAGCAUGCUGUCAGAUUAGCAGCCUCUGAGAUGAAAAAUACCUGAUUUGAAUAACCCAUUUUUUAAAGGGUCUUUUUAAAUUCUAAGUACCACAGUAUAGUACUGCACAUUCAGGGAACGUGUGAAGAAAUUAUUUUUUGUUUGAUCUAAGAAUGAUUGUUGCAUGAAUUGUUUGUUUUCCACAGUUAAGUGUGAUAGGAUCCUGACAUGUUAUCUCCAAGGGGGCCAUAAGCGACCCUGUUGACUCAGGAAGAUGUAGAAAGAAUGAUACUGUCUGUUUUUCAUUGCUGCCUUACAAUGUUACUGAAAUAAAUGUUUUAAUAUACUAUUAGGUGGUAUCUUUAACAGAAAAACUUAUCUUUGUUCUCCUGUAAACCCCCAUUUUGGGGGGCAUUUCAAAUAUAGAGCUUUUUUGUAAGUUAACCAAAAAAUGCUGUUAAAAGACUUACAUUGCGCAUGUAGUGGGGGUAUAUAAAUGGUAUUUUAAUAUUGGGUUGCCAGAAAAGUCUUUUUUUUUUCAAGCAAAAAUGCAUCAUGUUCCCUACAAUCCAAUAGAUGUAAGCAAAGAACGUCACUUAGAAAGUAUUCAUUUUCUGGAAUCCUAUUUACCUGUGAAUGAAAUGAUGCAGAAAUAAAAUGACCUAGAAUUUGGUAAAUGUUGGACUUCAGCAUGUUUAGGGGUUCCAAAAUGUUUCCAAGUUAUUUCACUGAAUACCCUCAGUGCAGCAUAUAGUGAAGCAAACAACUUCCAUGGUUUCCACCUGUAUUUGAAAGUAGAAUUUCCUGUAUGUGGUGGGUCUUAUUUUUUGAGUCUGGGAAUACUCAAUAAAAUUGUGUGUAAGUUACUAGUUUUAGCAUUCCUACACCCAAAAAAUAACCCACACAGUAUAAAUGGUGCAGUUUUGUAAUGUGUGGGAAAGCAUGUAGUCCUUAACACAUAGUGGCCUUCUUUUAGGGCCAAAAUGCAUUAAGUGCUUUUAAACUGUCUUUUUACAAAAUAAAAAUUGCCUUUCUCCAAGUUUGACCCAACAGCAUGACCAAGUGGGAUUUAUCCUACGAAUGCAAAGUUGGUCGAACAUCUGCAAGUCCGUUAAUGUAAGACAAUAAAGGACCACCUCAGUAAGUGCAAAAAAUAAUUUUUGGACAAACCUCCAACAUUUUUUUCAUGAGGAAAAAAGACUAGAAGGGAAACUUCCUCAACCUCAUAAAGGUAAGGUCAUAGAACUGUUAACAUAAGGGAGUAUGGGAGGCGUUCCCUCGUAAGACAAGUCCAAUAAUAUUGCCACUUCUACUAGAAGUUCUAGCCAGUGCACUUUUGCAAGAGGCGUGUAGAUUACUUAAGGUAUCUUUAGUUCAGAUUGCAUCUGUUAGUUGUAAAAAAUCCUAGGGAACCCAUGCAAAACUACUAGUUAAUGAAUGAAUUUAAAAAUGUUUCACAUACUAUUAAGACAUUUCUGAAAGAAAGUAAAGGUGACAUAACUGGAAAACAUGCUCAUGGGUUAGAAAGCUUACCAAUUUAGGUGGAACUAGUCUUCAAAUUGAUUAAUAUACUGAAUAUAAUCCCCAUCAAAAUCCCAGCUGCCUUUUGUAAAUAUACACCAAAAUUGACUGUAAUGUUGCUUUUUAGGAACUUUUGAAAGUAUAAUCAAGGCAGCAAGUACUGGCAUUAAGGACAUAAAUUAUAACUGAUAAUCCAGUGGGGGGGGAAAUCAUUUUAGUAAAAGGUAUACACACAGAGAACUGCAGAGCCUCCACUUAUGCCAUAAGGGGGGGAAAAAAAAACCCUCAUAUAGGAGCUAAAUUCAUAGAAGGAAUCAUAGGCACAACUCUUCAUAAUCUUAGGUUACACAAUACAACACCAAAAGCACAAAUAAAUUGGACUUUGGAAAAGUAAAAUGUUUAUAUUUCAAAAGAUGUGAUAAGGUAAAUGACCAAAGAUGAAUAGACAUUUUUCUCCAAACACCAUAGUAACGUUUAAAAUCACGUGAAAAGACAGUAGGGAAAUGCAGAUCUAUAUAGUUAACCACUUUAUACAAAAUAGUACAGGUUCUUUGUAAUACGGCUUGGCAUUUCCUCAAAAAAUUAACCAUAUUAUAUGACCGAGCAAUUCCACCCCUAGAGAACUCACAAAAUACAUUCAUGAUAGUCAAAAAGUGGAACCAACCCAAUGUCAGGCAACUACUGAUGACUAUUCAGCUUUAAAAACAUGCUAAUAAAAGAAAACAGAGAAAGCCACAUGGGUGAUUCCAUUUUACAACAUAUCCAGAUUAGGCAAACCUGUAAAUAUAAAAAGCAGAUGUACGAAUACUGGAAACUAAGAAAAAGUCAUUUUCAAUUCCACCUUUUAGAGAUGACGCAUAGUCUCUUACAGACUUACACACUGAUUUCUAUCCACCAAAGACAGUUUUACAUAUUUUAUGCCAAUCUAAUAUUCUCAGGCAUCUAAGGAUAUUUGUCAAUUCUUGUUUUUAUUCUAAAAGGUGGAAUUACUCUAUUUGCUGUUAACCUGAGAUGAAUAAACGAAAGUUUAUAUAAUGGUUUUAUUGCCCUUUACCACAUAAAAAAAUACACAUUACAGAAGUAGCAGCAACUUGAAUUACAAGCUAAUGUUGACUCUACCCCAAAAUGAUCUCUUUUGGUAUCAGCAAAUAAAUGUAUCUAGUAAAAUUCUAAGUUAUACUGAAUAUUUAAUUGGAUAAAAUUAUGGCUUAAACAGUUGAUAUGUGAACCAGGUAAAAUAAGGGUUUUUUGAAGGUAUAUAGUAAGAGAAAUUUUAUGUCCACUUACCAGUUCUUAUUUUUACUUCAGGGCUGACCAUUUGUGUUAGUUGAAAAAAACGCAUUUCAUAGAAGAUUCACUUACAGGCUUUAAACCACAGGAACGUAGUUAACUUACGAUGUCCUGCUUUUAAUAUGAACCCAGCAGCACGUUAGGUAGGAUAUUUGAAAGGAUCACAUCUGUUUACAACGGUAAAUCACUUUUAUUGACUGAAUAUUUACACCAAAGACAAACGUAAUGCUGGUUCUUCUCCUUAAUGCAAUAGGACAGAACAAAUUUCAAUUUCUUGCUGGGCUGCAUGUACUCACAUGGCAAAUGAUUAUUUUUCCUUAGAUUCAGGGAAAGGUGGUUGAUUUAAAACAAAGAUUUAAAUAAAAGUAGCACCAGAAGGACCAGGUACCAAUAAAUCACAUAUUCCACUCACUUUGGAGCUUCAGUAUGUGAAAUUAUUGCACUUGUAAAGAGUAAAUGAUACUAAAUUACCAAAAUGAAUAGUUUAAAAUAGUUUCAUAAAUUUUGAACUAAGCAAUUUCAAAAUUGUUUUUUAAGUUUCCCUUCAAAGGAAACCUGGCUAGAACAACUGAUCUUGCCUUUUACUGUAAAAGGACCAAGUUUUAAUUCUAAGCUGUAAUUGCACUAUGAGAAGAGGCUGUUUUACAUAGUGGUAUGAAUUUGGUCCUCAUCAAUACACUAUUAUAAAAAUAAGUUUGUUUUUGUAAAAAAUAACAUUGCAUUCCUUUGUUCAAAUUGCACAGUACAAACGAGCUAUCUAAAUUAAUACUGUUUUAUAAGAUAAUCAGAAAUACAUACAGUAGAUAUGUUUAGUUGGAAGCAAUUAAAGAUA